AUAUAGAACUUGAUCGGCUUCCGCAUCGGCAUCAUAGCGUCAAGUCUCAAAGCAAUAAUAAUAUUUCCCGACCCUGAUCACUAUUCUUGGCAAAGAAAAUUGACCACCAUCCUAAUUUGCAACCACCAUGGCUAUGGCUUUCAAGAUGGCCACGACCGGCAUGUGGGUGACGGAGGAAUGCAAGAACUCGUUCAUGGAGAUGAAGUGGAAGAAGGUUCACAGGUACAUCGUGUUCAAGAUCGACGAGGGAUCGAAGCUGGUGACGGUGGACAAAGUUGGUGCUGCCGGUGAAGGUUACGAUGAUCUAGCUGCAUCCCUCCCGGAGGAUGAUUGCCGAUAUGCUGUCUUUGAUUUCGACUUUGUUACUGUCGAUAAUUGCCGCAAAAGCAAGAUCUUCUUCAUUGCAUGGGCACCAUCGACAUCAAAAAUUAGAGCCAAAAUGCUUUACGCAACGUCGAAAGAUGGAAUAAGGAGGGCAUUAGAUGGGAUCCACUAUGAAGUGCAAGCUACGGAUCCAACCGAGAUGGGAUUUGAUGUGAUUAAGGACAGAGCCAAAUAAUUGAGAUGAUAGAUUAAUCAAAUCUUGUUUUGGCAUCUUAAUAAUUUAAUAACUCCACUCCACUUGGUGAUGCUUUCUUUCUUUCUUUUCACAUUCGCUGGUCAAUCAAUGCCAUCACCUUUUUCUAGGAUCUGUCUGAUGGCAAUUGUGUCCUUCUUAACCAUUUUGCUUUUAUUAUGUGAUUACCAUUUUCAUCCAUUUCACAUGGAAUAACAUUGGGGUGUAAGUUUAGAUUAA